AUCAACUUAAUUCAACCGGUACUGCCAAGCAUGGAACUCACCCUCUCAUACAUCUCUCUCUCUGUUUUCCUCCUCCUCAUUGCUUUUAAAUUUCUGUCACAAAAAGCCCACAGCCGCCGCAACCUUCCUCCAAGCCCACCGUCGCUUCCGAUCAUCGGCCACCUCCACCUCCUCAAACAGCCCCUCCACCGAUACUUCUUCAAGCUUUCCCAAUCACUCGGCCCCAUCUUCUCCCUUCGAUUCGGGUCGCAACUAGUUGUAGUCAUUUCCUCGCCGUCUGGCACCGAAGAGUGCUUCACCAUAAACGACAUCGUCCUAGCCAACCGUCCAAGGUUCACCAUCGGAAAAUACCUCGGGUACAACUACACCACCGUCGUCAACUCCCCGUACGGCGACCACUGGCGCAACCUCCGACGCAUCAUGUCCCUCGAAAUCCUCUCGACCAGCCGCCUCAGCGCCUUUCUAUCUAUUCGGCAGGACGAAGUCAGGCAAUUACUCUACCGAUUGUACCAGAAAUCGUCAACCGAUUUUACCAAAGUUGAAAUGAAAUCAAAGCUCUCUGGGCUGACGUUUAACAUCACCAUGAGAAUGGUCGCCGGAAAACGGUAUUAUGGCGACGAUUUGGAGAAUUCGGCGGAGGCGGAGGAGUUCCGAGAGCUCAUGAGGGAGGUGUUCUUGUACGCGGGCGCUUCGAACCCCGCGGAAUUCUUGCCGGUUUUACGAUGGAUUGAUUAUAAGGGUUUUGAAAAGAAUUUGAUAAAAAUUCAUGGGAGAAUGGAUGCGCUAUUGCAAGGGUUGAUCGAGGAGCAUAGGAGGGAUAGGAGUAAGAAGACGUUAAUUGAUCAUUUGCUCUCAUUGCAAGAAUCACAGCCAGAUUACUAUAGAGAUGCAAUUAUCAGGGGGCUUAUUAGUGUCAUGAUAUUAGCAGGGACAGACACAUCUGCUGUCACACUAGAAUGGGCAAUGUCUCUUUUGGUGAACCACCCACAGAUGUUAAAAAAAGCUAGAUCCGAGUUAGACGCCCAUGUCGGCCAAGAUCGCCUGAUUGAAGAGCAAGAUAUUUCCAAGCUACCAUAUCUUCAAGCUAUCAUAUCUGAAACCUUCCGACUUUGCCCAGCGGCGCCAAUGCUGAUACCACACAUGUCAUCCGAUGAUUGUAUCAUUGGUGGAUUCGACGUGCCACGCGAUACAAUCUUGUUGGUUAAUGCAUGGGCUAUUCACAGGGACCCAAAGUUUUGGGAUGACCCAAUUAACUUUAAACCUGAGAGGUUUGAAGGUGGAGAAGUGGAGGGAUACAGGUUAAUGCCAUUUGGUUUCGGAAGGAGAGCAUGUCCCGGGGUUGGUUUAGCCCAACGGGUUGUGGGCUUGGCCUUGGGGUCAUUGAUCCAGUGCUUUGAGUGGGAAAGGGUGAGCGAGGAUCUUGUUGAUUUGACUGAAGGGAAAGGGGCUACAAUGCCCAAAGCUGAGCCUUUGGAAGUCAUGUGUAAAGCACGGGACAUCAUGAAGAAGGUAGUCUUAGAUGAUAGAAAUCACACCUGA